AUGUCGGCAUACCCCACCAUCCUCCUCCGCGCUGAGACCAAGCCGCUCGAGCACCGCUCGUUCGCGCCUUCGACCAUUGAGGCUCUGGUCAAGGCUGGCUACCCUGUUGAGGUCGAGCGCUCGUCGACCAAGCCCGAGUUCCGCCGCAUUUUCAACGACGCCGAGUAUGAGGCCGCCGGCGCUACUCUCGUGCCCGAGGGCAGCUGGAAGACUGUCGCCCCGGGCUCCAGGCUGAUUCUGGGCCUCAAGGAGAUUGAGGAGGAGGACUUCCCCUUGACCAACGACCACAUUGCUUUCAGCCACUGCUACAAGAACCAGGGCGGCUGGGAGAAGGUUCUGUCGCGCUUCCCGCGCGGCGGCAGCGUGCUGUACGACCUCGAAUUCUUGGUCGACGAACAGGGCCGCAGAGUCAGCGCCUUCGGCUACCACGCUGGUUUCGCUGGCGCCGCCCUCGCCGUCAAGAUGUGGGCCUGGCAGCUCCAGCACCCUGGCCAGCAGCUGCCCAGCGUUGAGCAGUUCACCGACGGCCGCGGAUACUACCUGAACGAGGAGGAGCUGGUCAAGCAGAUUGCCGACGACGUCGCUGCUGGCGAGAAGAUCCUUGGUCGCAAGCCCUCUGCUUUCAUCAUGGGUGCUCUUGGCCGCUGUGGCCGCGGUGCCGUCGACCUGUUCGUCAAGGCUGGCCUGCCUGAGAGCAGCCUCGUCAAGUGGGACAUCAACGAGACGAAGGACAGGCUGGGCCCGUACCAGGAGAUCGUCGACCAGGACAUCUUUGUCAAUGCCAUCUACCUCUCCAAGCCCAUUCCUCCGUUCAUCAACAACGACCUUCUUUCUGCUCCCGGCCGCAAGCUGAGCGUCGUCUGCGAUGUGUCCUGCGACACCACCAACCCCCACAAUCCCAUCCCCGUCUACACUAUCAACACUACUUUCGACAAGCCCACUGUGCCUGUCGAGGUCAAGGACGACAAGAACGACGUCCCUCUCUCUGUCAUCUCCAUUGACCACCUUCCUUCCCUGCUUCCUCGUGAGGCUUCCGAGUCUUUCAGCGCUGGCCUGCUCGAGAGCUUGCUGCAGCUGAAGGACAGGAAGACCGCGAGGGUCUGGGCCGACGCCGAGAAGCUCUUCAAUGAGAAGGUCGCCACUCUUCCCGAAGGUUUGAGGAAGAAGGAGGCGUGA